CGAGUUGUAUGACGGCAACUAGUAAGUAGGUUUGCACGCAGGUUUCGGGCUUGCGACAUCAUACUGUUCGCCUGCCUGCCAUGGAAGAAGAAAUUACUUAAGGUUGCCGGUAUAUCUUCCCUGGUUCUUCUUCACUGGAGUCAAACCCCCAACUUCCUCAUACUACUUUUACAAAUCAACAUCAUGGACUCGGCCGGCGCCAAGUCCCCAAUGUCUCGCGACAUAGAGGAGCUCAUCCAGGGCAGAAGGGAGCAUUCCAAUGCAGUUCGAGGUCAUAAGGCUAAUCUUGCCAACCCUAACGCCAGCGACAAGUCAAAGGAGAAUAGCCAGACGAUCAUCAAGGGCCUGGGAGGCGAGACUGCUCACUACGGAGAGGAAACCCCACAAGGCAAAGAUGCUGCGGAGAACAUUGAUGGUAGCCGGGCUAUGAAAGAGAGGCUCGAUCAAUUGAGAUCCCAUUCCCGCUAUCCCUAUCCCCCACCCCCAGCACUGUAUAGUAGAAUACCCCUUAUGAAUCCACAAUGUCUCCUGAGAAAGCCCCCAAACCUGCAAACUGCCCAGAACUCACAACAUAGUUCCCAAAAUUGAAUCAUCGUU